UCCAACAUGGCGGAGCUGACGGUGGAGGUUCGUGGCUCCAACGGGGCUUUCUACAAGGGAUUUAUUAAAGAUGUUCAUGAAGACUCUCUCACAGUUGUUUUUGAAAACAAUUGGCAGCCAGAACGCCAGGUUCCAUUUAAUGAAGUUAGAUUACCGCCACCACCUGAUAUUAAAAAAGAGAUUAGUGAAGGAGAUGAAGUAGAGGUUUAUUCAAGAGCAAAUGAUCAAGAACCAUGUGGAUGGUGGUUGGCUAAAGUUCGAAUGAUGAAAGGAGAAUUUUAUGUCAUUGAAUAUGCUGCUUGUGAUGCUACUUACAAUGAAAUAGUCACAUUUGAACGACUUCGACCUGUCAAUCAAAAUAAAACUGUCAAAAAAAAUACCUUCUUUAAAUGCACGGUGGAUGUUCCUGAGGAUUUGAGAGAGGCGUGUGCUAAUGAAAAUGCACAUAAAGAUUUUAAGAAAGCAGUAGGAGCUUGCAGAAUUUUUUACCAUCCAGAAACCACACAGCUAAUGAUACUGUCUGCCAGUGAAGCAACUGUGAAAAGAGUAAAUAUAUUAAGUGACAUGCAUUUGCGAAGUAUUCGCACCAAAUUGAUGCUUAUGUCCAGAAAUGAGGAAGCCACUAAGCAUUUAGAAUGCACAAAACAACUUGCAGCAGCUUUUCAUGAGGAAUUUAUUGUACGAGAAGAUUUGAUGGGUCUGGCAAUAGGAACACAUGGUAGUAAUAUACAGCAAGCUAGGAAGGUUCCUGGAGUUACAGCUAUUGAACUAGAUGAAGAUACUGGAACAUUUCGAAUCUAUGGAGAGAGUGCUGAUGCUGUAAAAAAGGCUAGAGGUUUCUUGGAAUUUGUGGAGGAUUUUAUUCAGGUUCCUAGGAAUCUGGUUGGAAAAGUAAUUGGAAAAAAUGGCAAAGUUAUUCAAGAAAUUGUGGACAAAUCUGGUGUAGUUCGGGUGAGAAUUGAAGGGGACAAUGAAAAUAAGCUCCCAAGAGAAGAUGGGAUGGUUCCAUUUGUAUUUGUUGGCACUAAAGAAAGCAUUGGAAAUGUUCAAGUUCUUUUAGAAUAUCACAUUGCCUAUUUAAAGGAAGUAGAACAACUAAGAAUGGAACGCCUACAGAUUGAUGAACAGCUACGACAGAUUGGUAUGGGUUUCAGACCUUCUUCCACCAGAGGGCCUGAAAAAGAGAAAGGAUAUGCCACUGAUGAAAGUACCGUCUCUUCUGUACAAGGUUCUAGGUCUUAUAGUGGAAGAGGCAGAGGUCGUCGGGGCCCUAAUUACACCUCCGGUUAUGGUACAAAUUCUGAGCUGUCUAACCCCUCUGAAACAGAAUCUGAACGUAAAGAUGAGCUGAGUGAUUGGUCAUUGGCAGGAGAAGAUGAUCGAGAGAGCCGACAUCAGCGUGACAGCAGGAGACGCCCAGGUGGAAGAGGCAGAAGUGUUUCUGGGGGUCGAGGUCGUGGUGGACCACGUGGUGGCAAAUCCUCCAUCAGUUCCGUGCUCAAAGAUCCAGACAGCAAUCCAUACAGCUUACUUGAUAAUACCGAAUCAGAUCAGACUGCAGACACUGAUGCCAGCGAAUCCCAUCAUAGUACUAACCGUCGUAGGCGGUCUCGUAGACGAAGGACUGAUGAAGAUGCUGUUCUGAUGGAUGGAAUGACUGAAUCUGAUACAGCUUCGGUUAAUGAAAACGGGCUAGUCACAGUUGCAGAUUAUAUUUCUAGAGCUGAGUCUCAGAGCAGACAAAGAAACCUCCCAAGGGAAACUUUGGCUAAAAACAAGAAAGAAAUGGCAAAAGAUGUGAUUGAAGAGCAUGGUCCUUCAGAAAAGGCAAUAAAUGGCCCAACUAGUGCUUCUGGCGAUGAAAUUUCCAAGCUACAACGUACUCCAGGAGAAGAAAAGAUAAAUACCUUAAAAGAAGAAAACACUCAAGAAGCAGCAGUCCUGAAUGGUGUUUCAUAAACUGAAGAAGUUCCUAGUUUACAGUUCUUACAUUACAUUUUACAAUAGUGCUUGUACAAGCUUGCCAAAGAUAGAAUAUGGAUCGCCAGUCUUUACAUCGCACUUUCAGUUCCUCCAUUUGGAAUUCAGAAAGGGGAGGGAUCCUGAAGAAAUCAUAUGUUAAACAUACUUUGACACCUACUGUGUUAUAAAAUAUAUCAUCAGAUGUGCCUUGAGAAUAGUAUAUGUAACAUUAAAAAAAGUUGCUGGCUAUAGGAAAUGUUAUUUUGUUUUCAAAACAUGGCAGAAAUGGGGGGCGGUGGGUGGGGUGUGGGAUCCCUAACGUAAUAUUCUUUAUGAAAGCAUUAGCUGCUUUUGUUACAUUUUUAAUAAUAUGCAACCACUUCUUCACCUGAGGAAAACUAGAAUGAAAUGCAGUCUAAAAUAUUUUGCACUGAACUGUAAUUUCUUCAUUAGUUUAGUCUGGAAACUGGUCUGUUUUAAUGUGUUUGUUUUUUUUUUUUUUUUUUAAAUGCUGUGUGUAGAGGAAAAUCUGCAGACCACUGGAAUACAUUUGUUAAAUUCUCAUCUGCAGGGAUACUGGGUGAUAUUGGCAGUGACUGUUCUACAUUGAAGCUUUGUUUGGUUUAUUUAUUAAAGUGUACAGUAUUUAAAAAUCAAACACAGCUUUAGUUAAAACACUAAGGUGAAUUAGUCAUGUCCAUUCAGACAUAACCUGAACUACUGAAAGAUCAAUUUCCAGAAGGUUUAUUCUGUAUAAACUACAUGUUAGUCUUCAGUAGGCUAUCUUAUCUUUCCUUUUUUUUUUCUUUUUCCUUUUUUUUUUUAAUUUUGGUUGUUUGAUGUGCAAUAUGUUUUUGUAUGCAGGUAGUAAAUAAACUUUGAUCUUCCAUA